AGCUGUUUUAGUGUGAGCGAUGGCCCGAACCAAGCAGACCGCCCGUAAAUCCACCGGAGGCAAAGCCCCUAGAAAGCAGCUGGCCACCAAGGCGGCCAGGAAGAGCGCCCCGGCCACCGGCGGCGUCAAGAAGCCUCACCGCUACCGGCCCGGCACCGUGGCUCUCAGGGAGAUCCGCCGCUACCAGAAAUCUACCGAGCUGCUCAUCCGCAAACUGCCCUUCCAGCGCCUCGUCCGAGAGAUCGCUCAGGACUUCAAGACCGACCUGCGCUUCCAGAGCUCGGCCGUCAUGGCUCUGCAGGAGGCCAGCGAGGCUUACCUGGUCGGCCUGUUCGAGGACACCAACCUGUGCGCCAUCCACGCCAAGAGAGUCACCAUCAUGCCCAAAGACAUCCAGCUGGCCCGCCGCAUCCGCGGAGAGAGGGCUUAGUCCAAGCCGGGGAACAUAACACAACCAAAGGCUCUUUUAAGAGCCACACACUCGGUUACAAUACAGUUG